AUGGGCUAUCAUUUAUCGCGCAGUGCUACUUAUUUACGUCUCAUACCACGAGAUUCUCGAACGAGCGAAGGAAAACGUCACGUUGUUACUGUGCCGGUGAAGUUAUGUCGUGCGAAUACAAAUCACCAUAAAGAUCAUCCAGAUGGAAAGUUUUGCGUUGCGAGCAUUAGAUCUGUUGAAUCGCUUUUGUCACUUCUCGGACCAAAACAAGCGGCAUUGAUUUCGCAGGAUGACAAGAUCACACUUCCAGAUCAUGAUUGGGUAGUUGCCGAACGUCACCAGCUGAUUCCAAGCGUGUAUGCGGGCAUUGUCAUCCGCGAAGCCAAACUUGAUGGUUCACCAUCAAAUGUUUCAUACUCUGGACCAACAUAUGUAGCGUUUCGAAGCGGAAAACAUUCGUCAACAUCAGCUUCCAGUCAUGCUUUCGAUCUCCGAAAACUAAUGGCUUUGCAAGAAUUCGAUGAUUUAUUAAAAGUUAAUGGCAUCGUGAAGCCCGUGCUCGCCUUGUCUGUGGAUGGGGGUCCUGACUAGAACCACCGGUAUCCACAGGUGAUCAGA